AUGGCCAAUCUCAAGCGCAAAGGAGCCUCGGAGGCCGCAAGGGUUUCCAGUGAAGCAAAAAGCAAGAAGGUCAAAGUUGAAAAAUCCACCGCAAAGCCCUCCAAGAUCCAGAGUUUGGAGUCUAAUUCAGUCUCCGAUGAUUUUGAGGGACUCAGUGACCAGGAAAGCUCUUCUGAUGAUGGCUCUUCUACUUUGAGCAUAGAGAAGGAAAGCAAAAAUGAUGAAGAAGGCUCAAAGAAAGGAAAGCCCACAGGAAAUUCGUCAAGAGAGUCGCACGCAAAACAGAAGGCUCUCGCACAGGAGCGCAAAUCUGCGAAACCUAAUUCUGAUAUUAUUCAGCGAUCGAAGAAACUAUGGGAACGCUUACGCCGCAAGUCCCAUGUCCCUCGCGACGAGAGAAAGGAGCUCGUGGCCGAGCUUUAUGAUAUCAUUACUGGCCGAGUGAAGGACUUCGUCCUCAAGCACGAUUCUGUACGCGUCAUUCAGACAGCUUUGAAGUAUGCCACUCUCGAGCAGAGAAAGAUGAUCGCCCGCGAACUGAAAGGCGAAUACUGCACCCUGGCAGAAGGGCGUUACGCCAAAUUUCUGGUUGGAAAAUUGCUUGUGCAUGGCGAUGCUGAAGUCAGAGAUAUAAUUGUACCUGAAUUUUACGGCCAUGUCCGCCGCCUCAUUAAACAUCCAGAAGCAUCAUGGAUUCUUGAUGAUAUCUAUCGAGGCAUUGCUACCCCUCGGCAAAAAGCUUGCCUUCUCCGUGAAUGGUAUGGACCAGAAUAUGCUAUUUUCAAGACGAACAACGAGCAACAACCGACUUCGGACCUGUCAGUCAUACUCUCGCACAAUCCAGAAAAGCGUGCUCCUGUGAUGCAAUACAUGCAUGAAUUGAUUAAUCUGCUUGCUCAAAAGCGAAUGACCGGCUUUACAAUUCUUCAUGAUGCAAUGCUACAGUAUUUCCUUAACACGAAACCUGGCUCACACGAGGCCAACGAGUUUCUUGAACUCUUGAAAGGAGACGAAGAAGGAGGACUUCUCAAGAAUUUGGCUUUCACGAAGUCAGGAGCCAGAGUUGUUUGCUUGGCAUUGGCAUAUGGAAGUGCAAAGGACAGAAAGCAAAUUCUGAAGUUCUACAAAGAUCUCAUUGUUGAUCUAGCUUUCGAUAGUUUCGGUCAUCAGAUCCUGUUGGCAGCAUACGAUGUGAUCGAUGAUACGGUGUUGACAUCGAAAUCCAUAUUUCCUGAGCUCCUUGGAAAGGAUGCGGCACCGGAGACUCAAGCUGAUGCGGUUCUGGCCUGCGUUGUCAGUCUUAACGCCAGAAUUCCUCUCCUGUACCUAUUUGCCGACAAAGCCGUGUGGCUUUUGCCACCCGAGGAUGUGGCUGUAUUGGAAGAGAUUGAUCAGAUUCGCGCUUCGACCUCCAAGAAAGAUAGCAAUCUUCGCCGACGGGAAUUGAUCCGCGCAAUCUCCCCUACCUUACUUAGCGUGACGCAGUCUCACGCAAGUACGAUGUUGGAGACAUCGUUCGGAUGCCAAUUUGUUACUGAGCUCUUGCUCGGCUGUGAUGGAGAUAAAGAAGCAGCUCUGGACGCCGUUGCGGAUCAAGCAGUUGGUAAUCCAGGAAAAGAGGGUCACGUUGCGCAGUCUCCCGCUGUCGGCAGGAUGCUCAAGACUUUGGUACAAGAAGGCCAUUUCAACAGCAAAACGAAAGAGGUUGUGAGGGUAGAUCCUCCUCUCAAUUUUCACAACAUCCUCUAUGAGCGAAUCAAGGACCAUAUCCUUGACUGGGCAACCGGCCCAAGUUCAUUUGUCGUUGUAGGGCUUGUUGAAGCCGACGGAUUUUCAGAAAAAGAUGGUCUCUUGAAGUUGUUGAAGAAGGGAAAGAAAGCUCUAGAAGCCGCAGCGAGUCCGCCUCGCUCUAAGGUGUCCGCGGAAAGCAAAAAGGGCUCUAGCAAAGACGGCAAGAGCGCAAAGAACCCGCCUGCCCAGCACUCCAACAAGGGAGCUAAGAUUCUGCUUGAAAAGCUUUCUUGA